GAGCUGGAUCAUCCAGCCACCAACAAGCAUGUUCAGCGGGAUGAUGGGGUGACAGUCGUCGCGCUCUCGCAAAUUCGGGCUCUGUAGAUUGUGGAAAAGACACGGCAGGUUGCGCGGCUUGCAAGCCUACCCUCUCUCAUCUGCCCAACGUACACUUUUUAGUCCAAAUGGAUAUCCUCCAGUCGGUAGACCCGACGUCUUCGUUGUCUUCCCUUUCCGACCCAUAUCGCCCUUCAUUCUUUGAGCUCUUCGCUCAGGAACAGCUGCGAGAUCUGCUUGCCCCAGCGCUGCGAUAUGUGCUCUCUGUGUUUACGCAGCGACAUCCCCGCUACUUGCUCCGCAUCGUCAACCGCUUCGAUGAGCUAUACGCGCUGGCGAUGUAUGCGGUGGAGAGGCACUACCUCAAAACCUGGGGUGAGCGAUCGACCACUGAAAAAACUGCCGCUUUUAGUCUAUUGAUUGCAGUGCACCCUUCCACAGGCUCAUCAUUUGCAGAAAAUUUCUACGGGCUGAGGCGAAGACGACGGCCUGGUGCAUCGACGGACCGAGCCAAAGCAGCAGCCACAACUCGACCAGGCCAAGCAUCUUACGAGGCACUACGGAAUCGAGAGAUCAGCUUAUCUCUGCUGUUCCUUGUAGGCCUGCCUUACAUCCAAUCAAAAGCAAAGGACCGCUGGGAGCGCAUGGGAGGCGGUGUAUCGGAAGAACAACUGUUCGACAAUGGCGAGGAACUCCAGGGACGGCGGGCUUUCCAAGAGAACGAGCAACGUACUAAAAGUCAGCUUGUGCGCCUGAAAGAGAAGAGCGAGGAUCUCUUCCAUAAAGGGUAUCCGUACGCCGCCAGCUUCUAUCAGCUUUGGCUGCUCAUCUACCAUAUGAGGUAUCUGUUUGGGAAAAGUCCAUACUGGCGCCCCUGGCUUCGAUGGAUGAGGGUCGACGUUCGUCGAGUGUCGCAAGAUGACUAUCCAAACUCGGUGCCGAUUCUGCCACCGGAUUUGCCACACCCUCUUCGCGAGCCUGUUCCCUUUUUCACUUCCCUCAUUCGAUCGUCUCCCUUCAUCUUUUUCGAGCUCCUCAAGUACGCUCUGCCCGCCUCCAUCUUCUUUUUCAAAUUCCUUGAGUGGUGGUACAGCUCUGACAACCCACGGCGGCGGCGAGGCGGAGGUGACGGCAAUGGCGGCGCUGCUCCCGCGCAAGGCGGUUUUGGUACCAAUGUGCCUCUCUUUGGGCCACCUUCCGUCCUCAUGCCCGAUAAAGAAGGUGUCCUCUUCCACAAGGAGGAGGGGUACCAACCACCACGUGUGCCGACCAAGAUGGCGCUGGCGGGCGGCAUGCACGGUCCGACCAAUGUGGCAAGUCUGCUGCACAACUCGUGUCCACUCUGUGGACGUACACCUGUCGCGAACCCUUGCAUGCUGCCGACGGGGUACGUCUUUUGCUACACGUGCGCCCAUGCGUAUGUCGAUGAGCACGGUCAGUGCCCCGUCACACGGCGUAAAGUCAUCGGCGGCAAAGACAGCAUACGAAGAGUACUGGGUUAAGGAUCGCUUGCCAGCCAAUAGAGCGCCAUCAAUCAUAUCUACUUAUUGCAUUUGGGUUGCAAUCAUAUCUGCUCGUUACAUCCA